AGAGUUGUAGUUCCACAUUUGUGUGUGUUGUUUUGCCAACAAGAAUGGGUUCUUAUAAGGCAACUGCUCUUUUCAUAUUGGUUAAUGUUUUUCUUUUCAUUUGUGUCUCGUCAAACAAGGUACCGUGCCCUCCAAAAACGACGCCCUCGGUCCCUAAGACACCAGCCAAAUGUCCAAAAGAUACAUUAAAGUUUGGUGUAUGUGGUGACUGGCUCAAUGGGCUCGCUCAUGAGGUCAUUGGUGCUCAACCAGAUAGCGAAUGUUGCACAUUGGUGAAGGGUCUAGCAGACCUAGAAGCAGCAUUGUGUUUGUGCACCGCAAUUAAGGCUAAUGUACUUGGUGUCCUCAAGGUUGAAGUGCCUAUUGCUCUAAGUUUGUUGGUCAAUUCUUGUGGGAAAAAGGUUCCCGAAGGGUUCAAAUGUGGAUGAUGUUUGAUUACUUUCAUAAUCAAUGUUUCUGUGUAAUUUGCAUAUGUUGCAUUAUAUAUGUGCUCAACGACUAGAGUUUUCAUUUUGGCUAAUUUUUACAAAUGAAAAUCUUGUCUUUCACAUUCA